AUGAGUUUUCGUGGUCGUGGAGGUGGCCGAGGCGGCGGCGGCGGUUUCGGCGGAGGUGGCGGCGGCGGACGUUUCCGCGGUAAUCGCGGCGGUGGCGGAGGGGGCCGAGGUGGAGGCGGGCGAGGAGGUUUCAAUAAUCGUAGUUUCGGCAACCGGGACGAGGGCCCGAAAAACAUUAUCCCGCUCGGAUUCUACGACUACCCGUGCCAGGAGGAUCUUGUGGCGAAGGUGGAGGUCGAGAAUGUGCCGUUCUUUAAUGCGCCCAUCUAUAUGGAGGGUGAGAAGCAGAUUGGCAAAGUGGACGAAAUAUUUGGCCAUCUGAAGGAUUUCUAUGUGUCGAUAAAGCUGAUGGACAACAUGAAGCCGGAUGGCUUCCAGCCGAAACAGAAGCUUUUUAUCGAUUCUGCCAAGCUGCUGCCGUUGGCAAGAUUCCUGCCAGGAAAUCAGACACGGCGGCCGGGCGGUCGAAUUGGUAAACCCGGCGGUGGCCGUGGCGGCGGUCGUGGACGUGGCGGCGGUGGUGGCUUCGGCGGAGGUGGCUUCCGUGGCGGAAGAGGAGGCCCUGGAGGCGGCGGUGGUGGCUUUAGAGGACGCGGCGGCGGUGGAGGCCGAGGUGGCGGUGGGUUCCGCGGCGGAAGAGGUGGUGGCGGUGGUGGUGGCGGCGGUGGCAGCAACCGUUGGUGA